AGGAUUCUUUUUAUUUUUUGCCAAAUGUUAAUGGUCAAUGUUCAUUGUAGGGUGAUGGAAAAGAGGAAACUACUAGGAGUCACGAUACUAAUUUUAGUGUUAGCAGUUUAUCUGGUACAGAACCCUAACUUCUCGACACUGCAACUCAGAGAGAAGCUAAAAGACAAGGUGAUAGUGAUAUGUGGUGCCUCCUCUGGAAUCGGAGAAAGGAUAGCAUACAAGUAUGCUGCAGCUGGUGCAAAAAUUGUUCUCAGCGCUCGAAGCUUGGACAGACUUGCUAAGGUUCAAACCAAAUGUUCUACCUUGGGAGCCUCAUCUGUCCACAUAAUCCCACAAGAUUUCUCAAAACUGACUGGAAUAGAAAACUUUAGAAAUAAUGUGCUAGAGAUUCACUCUAGUAUUGAUACACUUGUUUUGAACCAUGCUGCUAUUCCACUAGGACCUUGGAUAGCACUACCAAACCAGCAAGAUCACCAGUUCACUACACGCACCUUCAACAUUAAUGUGCUGAGCUAUAUAGAACUAACCCGGGUCUUCCUUCCAGAUCUAGAGAUAACAUCAGGUCAGAUCCAGGUGACUGGAUCAAUAUCUGGAUGGUGCCCCUUCUACCAGGCUGGACUCUACACCUCUACAAAACACGCUGUUAACGGCUUCUUCUACAGUCUCCAGCAGGAACUACUUGCUAAACAAUCUCCCAUAACUCUCACUGUAUUCACUCUGGGAUUGAUACUGACUCCCGAGAUGGACACUCUGAUCUCUUCCGAGACUGAUACUGCUCUCAUCCCUGACCUCUUCAAGGGAAAGGUGGACGAAUGUGCUGAUGUCAUUGUAUCCUCUGCUCUCACUCGCCCACGUAAUGUUGAUUAUCCUAUCUUCAGUGUGAAAUCUAACCGUUUUAUGGCAUAUGUGUUUCCGUAUUUUCAUGAAUUAGCUACUUUUACUUAUGGUUUAAGUUAUGACGAUAUUGUGCAGACACACGAACGGAUCCGCAAACUCGGAGAUAAGAUUGGCUAUCAGUUGGGGAACAAAUAGAUAGAUCACAGUCAUCAUUAAUUUAAGAUGAAAAUUGUAGGUUUUGUUUUGUCAAUAAUUUGAUAAAAUAGUCAUACAGCCCAUUGAUUUUGUGUAAAUGGCAAUAUUAGUUUUUAAUUCUGGAAAAUAUUUUGUAUUUUUUUUCUAUUUUAAAAUAAGUGAAUUGAUUUUAGCAAGCAGUUUUUGAUGCUUUGUGAACAGUUUUUCAGAACUUUAUACUUAAAUUAAGUUGUAUUAUUAUUUUACUUCUUGAAGAUUUUUAGCCUGUUAUUUAGUGUAUGUUGAUUUUUAAUUGUAUGUGAUACGCUCAGUGACCUUUCUCAAAAAGGGCUUUAUGUUGUUAUGUAUGCCUUAUCAGUUAUGAGUUCAUGUUUAUCCAUUUUGAUUGUUUAUUGUUGAAGUCAAUAUUUAGUAUUUUUGUAACACAUUUUUGCAAUUAUUUUGUACUAAGAUCAUAGUUGUGAUACG